GCUUGGAGCCCGUGGACGCGCCUGGUGAGAGGUCGGGCAGGAGGAGAACGGUAACGGGGCCAUGCCAAGCGGUGCGCGCGGCUGUACGGUGUGAACUGGAGCCAGAGAGACGGCGGCACCAUGUCCCAGAGGAGAGGAAGCCGCUACCAGAGCUGCUCCCCCGCUGGCAGCUGCAGUCGUCUGAGGAAAAUACAAGAAAUCCUCUCAAAAUCCAGCAAAUCCUCUCCAGAUGGCAUCCUGUGUAUCCUAGGAAUUGACAGCCGCUACAAUGAAGGAUGCAGGGAGCUGGCCAAUUACCUGCUCUUUGACUUGUACAGCCAGAGAAGCAUGGAGUUUGAGAAGACGGCCUUUCCAGAAGAAGUCCUUGAUGAUGUCAUAAUCCUGAUAAAGUCAGACAGCGCCCGCCUGUACUGUAAUCCUGUGAACUACUCCUACCUGCUGCCGUACGUCAGCUGCUGGAGGAACCUGCACGUCCACUGUAUGACCCCCAGCGAGUAUGAAGAUGAAGAAGCAGCAGAAGAGUUUAAAAUUGCAAGUUUUGUCAACAUGGUGCGAGACUGCAGCCGCAUCGGGAUUCCUUACAGCUCCCAAGGUCACCUGCAGACCUUCGACAUGUUCAUAGUGGAGAAGUGGCCGAUCGUGCAGGCGUUUGCCUUAGAAGGCAUCGGAGGCGGUGGUUUCUUCACAAUGAAGUACGAGCUAAUGGACGUGAGCGAGUCUCUGUGGAAGGUGUACAGCAUCAUGGACCCCGUGUCACUAGAGGCACUGCUAAUGGAGGAUCUAGUAACAUUUCAGCACCAGUGGAGCGGCUUCCUGUCAAACUUUGAGACUGAAAUUCCUUUCCUCCUGGAGUUGUCGGAGUCACAGGCGGGGGAGCCGUUCAGGAGUUACUUCACCCACGGGAUGCUCUCCAGCCAUAUCGCAGAUAACAGUCCUUGUAGGCAGCCAUUUGUACUGUUCGGCAGUCAUUCCACCAAAGAGAACCUGAAACCUGGCAACUUUAUAUUCCCAUCAGAAGGUCACCUGGUCAGGAACACAGGGCCUGGACGCAGCACAGCCAAACACCUGGUUGCACAGUGCGUCUCUGCAAAGGGGCCCUUAGCCUGUUCCAGGACUUACUUUUUUGGGGCCACCCAUGUUCCAUAUUUGGGUUGUGACAAUGAGACUCACAAGAAAAAUGAGCAAAUCACGCUGCUGUCUCAGAUCUACGCUGCAGUGGUGGAAGCCGUUCUCACCGGGAUCGCAAGUUACGCCAAGUGUUCCAGUUUCACCAAGGCAAAGGAAGCGGCGGAGCACAAUCUCUGGAUGCUGCUGGACUCCUUUAAUCUCGUUCAGAUGAAAGCUGCUCUGAGGUCCAAAGUAUCAUUUCAGAUUGAAGCUGUGAAUAGUCUGGGCCGGAGUGUCCCGUUGGACCAUGAGGACAGCGCAGACUUAAUAAAGACUGCGUCCAUGACCAUCUAUGACAUUCCUGACCUGCAAGGCGGAAGAGGAAAUUUGGGAUCCAUCGUCUUCUCCGAAUCUUUUCUGAAGUCGGAAAUACUUGUUAGAGACAAAGAUGGAGCGCUCACAUCCGACUGUAACUACAUCAUCCUGACCGCUGCUGUGCCUCGCUUCAUGUCAUGGCUGGUGGAGGAGAAUGAAGUCAAACUUUCUGAGAAAGCUCUGAAUACUGUGAAGGAAGAGGAAUCGUAUCUUGGCAGCUUCCUGUCCGGUGGUGAUGGGGCGUUCAUGUGUUCCAGUAGUCAGCACAUAGCACCUGAAGAAGGUAAAUUGUAUUUCUUCUCGGAUGGCGUCCUGUUUGUUCAUCCAAAUCAUGGCAGUGUCGCCAUAUCGAGGAGACACAUGACCGCUGAAAAGUUCUAUGAUGGGGACUCCAGCAGUACCACCGCCAUCCUGCUCAUCGACUACAAAAGUUCUCUGCUCCCCCACCUGCCCCUGCAUUUCAUCACUCCCGGCAACUUCCUUACAUUUGCACUUUUCCCCAAAUCCAAGAGCUACCGGGGCUUCUACUCCCAGGUGCUGAAGAAAUGGCAGGGGCAGACGGAAAGCUCGGGGAUAACCCUACAGCUGAUCCAGGAACACCAGCUCUCUAAUGAACAGAGGAGAAUUUACUUGAACAUGCAGAGUCUGUAUGAGACCUUGUCCUUCUCGAGCACAGAAAGAUGGAGUCAUCGAGCAGUGAUCCCUGCCAACCUGCCGGGGCUGGAGAGCUUCUUGCUGCACCUGGCUGUCAGCAGCGUGAGCCGAGAACCCGUCCCGAGAUCCCAUCUGCCAGCGCUGCUCCAACACUCGGAGACCAUCGCUGGGAGCCAGGCGCAAAACGACAAGGUGGCUAUAAACAUUAUAGUCGGGCUACCAGGAAGUCAUUGUAACGAGCUGUGUGAUUUUCUGGUGUCCUUCCAGAAGGAGUAUGGAAGGUGGAUGGUGUACCGUCAGCCCACGGAUGGCACUGAAGAGUUCAGUAAAGCACAGUUCCAGAGGUUCCUCUCAAGCAUCCUGGAAGCACAGCGCAAUCGUAGUGCCCGCCAGGCCGUCUACUCCAGGAAGAAGAUGAGAGUCCUCGCUGCUCUAGAAGGAUACGCAGACGUCAUUGAUGUAGUGCAGGCAGUGCAGACUCACGUGGACCCUCUCGUCAAGUCCUCCUUCGUCAUUGGCACUGUGAGCACUUGUGUGGAUCCUCUAAGCUGCAUCAUGGAGCACAGGUUCUCUUUCCCUAAAUUCCUGGAACAGUGUUCCCAAGGUAUUGUCAGCAACAUCGUGUUCACAAGCCUGACCUCGGAGCAAAGGCACCCAUCCCUAGCACUCGCCCAGAAGCUGCUCCGCACUGUCAACCCCGGGGCGGCCUUUAUUCUAGCAGAGAAGGGAGUGAUCACCAGAAAUGAGGACAUUGAGCUGGUCCUGUCAGAAAGCGGCUUUUCCAGUCCUCCGAUGUUAAGAACGCGACAUUUGAUGUACCCCGGAUGGUAUGAAGGGAAAUUCUCAGCUGGACCUGUCUCACCGAAGGUGGACCGUAUCUGUCUGUGGUUCAGUCGGCCUCUGGAGAAGGCCCGCUUCAUGACGAGGUGUAAAACCAUCAAGUCCUCCAUCAAGUCGUUCCCUUUUACAGGAAACAUAUAUCACAUCAUGGGACGAGUGAAGUUCUCUGACUCGGAGCAGAUGGUGGAGGUCUGUCACAACACCGUGACCAACUCUCUCAGUCUGAUUCCAUCGGUGGAAGGGCCGACACCUCCUCCUGAUCCAAGACACGAGCUGAGAGACAACGUCCUACAUCAGCAGUGUGUCCUGGUGUUCACAGGCUGCACCCUCCAAGAAGACGACCUGAAGGACUGGCUCCGGCAGUGUGCCAAGCAGAAACCUCAGAAAAAAGCAUUAAGAACAAGAAGAUCAUUAUCCGUACAGGAGAUGCGGAACAUACACGCAAGGCGACACUUGGAUCCUCUUCCUGAGGGAUAUUUCUACAAUGGAACUCAGUUUGUGAAUUUCCUUGGAGAAAAGAUGGAUUGCCAUCCACUAAUGGAUCAGUUUAUAUACGAUUAUGUCAUUGAGGCAAACAACGAGAUUGAGAAGUACAAUGGCGAGCUGGAGCAGCAGGAGUACUAUGACGUCUUUGGACAGAAGCUGUGAGAGCGCUGCCGUCUCAUUGAUGUAGGGUUCAGCAUCACCAGCUAUUAGUGCCGCAGCGACCAUCUGUGCGCCGCGGUUCCCUCCUGUACAGAUGUGAUUAGUCUUCUCCCACAAUCUGCUUCAUAUUCGGGGAUGGGGGGGCAGUUGUAAAUCAAUUUGCACCUUAUGUGUUCGGUCUGUUCACAAGAGCGCGGCAGCUGAGAGCCAAUUACCCGGCGUAUGUCAGGUUGUAAUGAUCCACUUAGUCACUGUGGGCCUUACAGUAAAGGCCGUCAUAGCCGAUGGUGGAUCCUGUGGCUCGGAGUGCAGGAUGCUCUUUGUCUUGGGUCUCGGAAGUUGUGCGGCUACCUUCUUGAUCUCCAUGCACUCCUCCUGUCCAGUAGUUGAGAUUUUGACUAGAUGAGAUGCGUGUGCGUCUUCCAUCCUUUUGUAUCAAGCCCACAUCUAUAUGUCCUAUCACAUUUAAAGGGGUUUUGCCAUCUCAGACAAUGGGGGCAUAUCACUAGGAUCCGCACCUACAAUGAGAACGCAGCGGGGAAAUGAAUGGAGGGCA